UGGAGCGUGACACCUGACGAUUUUCCCUCAUAAGUUCCGAAAUUUUGGAAAGCUAUUUUUCAAUGUCCCAGAAUUUUUUGCCGAGACUGUACAUACAACUGGUUUGGAAAAAUUUAUUGCAGUAUGAAAGAUCACCCGAAAAUGGUUGAGAAUUUGGAAAAGUGUCUGUCAAUACGGCAAAGAGCCUUACCUGAAAAUCAUCCGGAUAUAACUCUUGCAUAGAGUAAUGUUGGUGAUGUACAUCGAUUAAUGGGUAAUUAUGAAAAGGCACUUGCGUUUCAUCGGAAAGCAUUAAAUAUUCAGGAAAAUGUUCAAUGUAAUCCUUUGGAUUGUGCAUUGGCAUAUAUAAAUUUAGGCGAAACUUAUCGUGAAAUGAAAGAUUAUUCAACAGCAUUGACAUACUUUCAAAAAGGAUUAGAAAUACGUUAG